UGAAUCCGCAGUGGGAAGAGCGCUGACAAGGGUCACGAGCAGAUCUGUCAAAAUCCCUACUCGCUCAGACAAUUGCCAUCCAUCACUGGAGCUGAGGAAUAAUUGAAGAUAUUGUGGCGCUCUUCUGUGGCCCCCCGACACCCAUGAGAGAGGCGACAGAUCAAGUCUAAUCUGCCGAGGAUUUAAUAAGUAAACCACUUAACCCCCCCCUCCCUCAAAAAUGAAGGCUUUCAGCAUUGCAGUUGCAGUGACACUCGUGCUCGCCUUUGUUUGCAUUCUGGAGAGCUCCGCCGUCCCGCGUUCUGGGGUGCCGGAGCAGGAGGAGGCAGGGAGCAAUGACACUCCAGUUGCGGCACAUCAAGAGAUGCCGAUGGAAUCCUGGAUGACGGCGAAUCACAUCCGGCAGAAGCGGCAGAGUCACCUCUCCUUGUGCCGUUACUGCUGCAACUGCUGCCGAGGCUACAAGGGCUGCGGCUUCUGCUGCAGGUACUGAGGAUUCCCCCGCAACCACCCGUCCACGCUAGUGUACCACAAGUGAAAUUACCGCUCCGUUGCCUCAUGAUGAAAAUCGACAACAUUCUUUUUACAAUGGAAAAAGUGAUUGUAUUUAUUUUGUGUGCUUUUUUUUCCCUGUAAUCCUGUUACAAACAUUUGUACCUGAAUAAACCAUUAACCACAGGAACGUCUGAGGAGCUUGAUGUCUACACUGUUGUUCCCAUUAAAGGCACAGAUUCUGUCUAAUAUUAAAACUUAAACUAAACCAAUUAAA